AGGACCCCGCACAAGCAAGAUGGCGGCGCCCGGGUGGCAGGCACGCAGCCUGCUUGGGCUGUCGGUGACACUGGGCCCGGGCUCCCGUAGCUACCGGGCGCCGCCACCCCCGCGCCGCUCGCCGGGGCCCUGGUGGCCAGACCCGGAGCACCCGCUGACCCCACGCUGGCAGCUGGGGCCGCGCUAUGCAGCCAAGCAGUUCGCACGACACGGCGCUGCCUCUGGGGUGGACCCCGGUUCGUUGUGGCCAUCUCCGGAACAGCUGCGCGAACUGGAAGCCGAGGAGCAAGAAUGGUACCCAAGCCUGGCAACCAUGCAAGAGUCGCUGCGGGUGAAGCAGCUGACUGAGGAACAGAAGCGUCAGGCCAGGGAGCAGCACAUUGCAGAAUGCAUGGCCAAGAUGCCACAGAUGAUUGAGAACUGGCGACAGCAGCAGCAGGAACGCUGGGAGAAGGUGCAGGCAGACAAGGAGAGGAGGGCCCGACUACAGGCUGAGGCCCAAGAGCGCCUGGGCUACCACGUGGACCCAAGAAGCACGCGCUUCCAGGAGCUGCUACAAGACCUAGAGAAGCAGCAGCGCAAGCGCCUCAAGGAGGAAAAACAAAGACAGAAGCAGGAGGCGAGAACUGCUGCGCUGGCCUCUGCGGCUGCAGCACAGGACCCAGGAGCUUCUGAGGCACCCAGCUCCUGAGCCUUGUCUUUUCCCAAUAAAGCCUGCUGCCUGACAGACCCCA